GGACAUUGAACCCAUGAACACUACCUCACUACAUUUUGUUUUAUUUGCAAUCAGGCUCUUGGCAUUCCACUGUAGAAUAGUAAGCACCAUUGGGCAGGAGACUGUUAACUGAGAGCUCCACCCUGUAACACCUCAAUUACUAUCUCUAACAACAGUCCUGCAAUGCCAAGAAAUUUAUCUGCAGCCUUCAAAAUAAUUUCCCUGUUAGCUUGAGAGGUGCGUUUGACUAUGUCAGCCAUAAAGGCCACAAAUCUUAUCUCCCUUCAAAGAUUUAUGAGUAAUAAAUGGGUGAGCCGGGCAAACAGUUUCUUGUUGGACUGGGGUUCUGGGUACAAGCCUCUCACCCUUAUCAAUUUCCAUGACCCUCUGCAGUGCUUCAGCAUACGACAUAGCGGACUGCAGGCUCACCCACUGAGCUUUAACCACUACGCAGCCUCCAUAUGCAGCACCAGGUUCCCGUCCACAGCGACAACAUUUCAGCCUCCAUAGUCACGUUCACCACCACACCUACUGCAGCGUCUCUUCCCACGGCACACAGCAGCUACAGGUCCAACUUUCUGACAAUUAAAACGACUCAGAGGAGGCAGCGCACACACCUGGACUCCGUAAUUCAUAAAACCAGCCGACACUCUAUUUGGCAAUGAAGUACCGUCAAAUUUAACCAUAACUGAGAGACUAUCUUCACGUACUCCAUCCUGAAACUUUUUCGACCUUUUUGCUUCCAUCACGUUUUCAACUUUCAAAUUCUCUUAUCUGGUCCACCGAAACAUCUAGACAAGAGCAACUUCCAAUAUCACUCCACUGUCUUUCCAUAAACAGUGACAUAACUACACUCCCACCACCAACUGAUUUCAAAGCCAAGGCUCUGUCCCUUCAUGUACCAUCAUUACAGAUCACUAGCAUCUUCCCACCUAGAUGCAGAUGAGCACCAACUCUACCCCCAAGUGAUCAGAAGUUAAUUGAAUCAGAUUAAGAGAACUACUAGGAGCAGAGUCAAUCUUCAUCAAUACCUUAAUUUCCCGGUUUCCUCUGCUUUCCAAAAUCAUGCAGUUCCUCACCAUCAUUAAGUCUGCUCCAUUUUCUAUAUUCCCACUUUCUUCUAUGUCCUUUGAUUACCUGCCAACAUCAUCUUCUUUCCUCCUGUUGCCACCAUUCUCCAUCUCCCACUCACUUCCUGCCAUCUCCUCUCCACUCACAGCUCCAGAAGUUAACCACUCCUCACAAAAUUCAUUUGAAAUUAGCUGACUCUCCUCAUCUGUUCUCACACCAGCCAAACUCAGCAGUGGAGUCUUCUUCCUUUUUUAGUAGUCCAUCUUAAAGGUGCAUUACUGCCACCAGCUGGAUUGUGAAACAAAUAUUUCUACAACAAGUGCCUCAUAAGCUUCAUUCACAACCCCUUUCCUUAUAAAACUGACAACACCACCCCCUUCACCAAAUAACCUAUCACACUUAAUAAAAAUAUAAUCUUGCAAAGAAAAAGGUUUCGUGAAUACAUAUAAUAUCAGGAUGAUUUGACAAAUCAGCAAUAAACUUCUUAAAAUCUUGUCCACUGGAAAUCAGACUUGAACUGCAAACUUCUAAUUCCCGUUAUUUACCUUCACAGGAAGACUGAGAUACAGAUACCCCACCCAUCAGAGGUUCUUUCACAGCUUCCCACGUAACACCAGUUAAACCGAGAAACUCUUCUGCAGCUUUCACAAUAAUUUUAGUUUUCUCAGUAUGACUCGAUUCACCACAUCUGUUAUAAACAUCAAAAACUUCAUUUUAUCUACAAGUAAAUGAACUCUGAUGCUGACAUACAUCCACUGACUUCACAGUUUGGUCUCAAACCAGUAAUGCUUUAUCAACAUUCUGUUUAACUUUUUUGCAAGGCCUCUGCAUAAGACACACCCUGUUGAACUGCAGUUGCCUUUUUAAACACUUCACAUCCGCUGUAAGUUGCACGAUCUUCCCCUCCACAAUUACAUCAGUUUAACUUGACCUUUCUCCACAGACUUCAUACUUAUGCACCCCCCCCCCACUUCCUACACCUUAGUUUCCCAGACAUACUGCUGGAACAUGCCCAGAUCUUCAAAACAUUUGAAACAUCUAAGUAGAGAUUGAAUAUUACCAGGGAGCUUCGCCUCAACAAAAUAAAUCAAUACUGUACAGAUAAACUAUCCACCUUUUCCCAUUUUUAUAUACUUUUUAAUCUCUUUACAUCCUUAACCUUACCUCCCAAUAAAUGACAUUUAACCUACUCUAUUGAAAUCUCCACCAGAACCCUGUACCUCUAUUUUAUACUAUUUUUUGUCAAGCAAAGUCUUCAAACGUAAUGCCUGAUGGAGUUCUGAUGAAGGGUUUCGGCCUGAAACGUCGUCACUACCUCCUCCCAUAGAUGCCGUCUGGCCUGCUGAGUUCUGCCAGCAUUUUGUGUUUUUGUUUUUAUUUAUUUCCAGCAUCUGCAGAUUCACUCGUGUGACCUUAAAGUCUCCCUUUAUUUCGAAAAAUCCCCUCCAUCAGUAGAAAUCACUACGAUAUUAUGUGUCUUUUUCCGGUUUACAGAACCUCUUUCCAAACUCCUUCCGUCAAUCCGUACUCUCCCCCGAUCUCUGUUUCCUGUUCCUUUUCCAGAUCCUCCUGAUUACCUGAAGCUACAGUACUUCCCGACAUCCCCACAGCAGCCACAAUCCCGCAUGUUAGCAGCUCAAGUCUUUCGCGGGUGGCAGCGGGAGUCGAUGCUGGUGGACAUUUGCAAUGGCAGCAGCCUUACCCAGAAAUCUCCGCGCUGCAGAAAGCGCCGACUGUCAUUCUAGUGCGCAUGUGCAAAGCGCAGCUAGCCGGACUCCCAGAAGCGCGCAUGCGCUCAGUGGACAAUAGGCGCCCAAGGAUUGGCAGCAGGAAACAAAAGACAAAGGAUUUGUGUGGGUGUCUCAGACACAACAAUGUGCCGGUUCUGCUGUGUCAGUCGGAUCACCAGCGCUUGAACGAAAUCAGUUUUUGAACGUGAAGGAGGAGAUGUUUGAGAAGACAGCACGCCAGUCACAGCAAGGGGAAUCUGAACACGAUGAGAUUUGGAUGAACCAACCUGGAGUCGAUCCUUGUAAAUUAUCCUCAAGUUAUUGAAGGAGUGAACAUACAUUUCUUUCGUAGUAACAACAUAUUCAUUGUUGAUCCUUGGAAAAGAAAGCAUAUCUCACCCCAGCUGGAAACGUGCAUCUGCUUUGUGUCUAAAAUGAAGUUUUCUGCUUUAACUUCUCAUUGAAACACGUUGGAUCCAGGGCUCUGAGAACUCUCCAGAGUAUCUUCACCAGAGACCAAGCACUCAACAAGUUGAAGUGUGGGAGGGAUUCACCAUGUCAUCUGACAUGAUGAAUUGCCAGAGAGCCCAAAGCAGAGAGAAAUCAUUCACCUGCUCCGAGUGUGGAAAGGGAUUCACUCGGUCAUCUCACCUGCGGACACACCAGCGUGUUCACUCUGGAGAGAGGCCAUUCACCUGCUCCAUGUGCGGGAAGGGAUUCACUCACUCGUCCCACCUGCAGACACACCAGCGAGUUCACACUGGGGAGAGGCCAUUUGCUUGCUCUGUGUGUGGGAAGGGAUUCAUUCAGUCAUCCGACCUGCAGAAACACCAGCGAGUUCACACUGGAGAGAGGCCGUUCAGCUGCUUGGUGUGUGGGAGGGGAUAUACUCAGUCAUCCAGCCUGAAGAUACAUCAGCGAGUUCACGCCACAGAUAGACCGUUCACUUGUUCUGACUGUGGGAAGGAAUUCAUUCAGUUGUCUAACCUGAGGACACAUCAGAAAAUUCACUCUGGGGACAGGCCUUUCACCUGCUCCGUGUGUGGAAUGGGAUUCACUCGUUCAUCCCGUCUACUGAAACAUGAGAGAGUUCACACUGGAGAGAGGCCGUUCACCUGUUCUGAGUGUGGGAAGGGAUUUAUUGAGUCAUCCAACCUGCAGUCACAUCAGCGAGUUCACACCGGGGAGAGGCCAUUCACCUGCUCUGUGUGUGGGAAGGGAUUCACUCAUUCGUCCCACGUCAUGAGACACCAACGAAUUCACACUGGCGAGAGACCGUUCAUUUGCUCUGUGUGUGGGAAGGGAUUCAAUCAGUCGUCCCACCUGAUGAUACACCAGCGAGUUCACACUGGGGAGAGGCCGUUCACUUGCACCGUGUGUGGGAAGGGAUAUAUUCAGUCAUCGGAACUACUGGCACACCAGCGUGUUCACACCGGGGAGAGGCCAUUCACUUGCUCUGAAUGUGGGAAGGGAUACAUUCAUCAAUCCAACCUGCAAAAACACCAGCGAGUUCACACUGGGGAGAGACCGUUUGCCUGCUCUCAGUGUGGAAAGGCAUUCACUCAGUCAACCCAGCUUCUGAGGCAUCAGCAAGUGCACACUAAGGAGAGGGUUCACACCAGUGUGAGCAGAGAGACUUACUCGGUCAUUCCGCCUGCUGAUACGCCAGUGAGCUCAGAGUGGCAGGGAAUAAAGAGCAAGGCACCAGACGUAAGGCCGCAGGAGGCAGAGGAGAGUCUGUGGGACUGUUUUGAGUCGGUGGACUGGGCCGUGUUCAAGGUCUCAUCAGGCCUGGAUGAGCACAGCACGGUUGGCACGGACUCUGGUGAGAGACCAUUGAACUGUUCUGUGUUUGCGAAACAAUUCACUAACUCAUCCCACGUGAUGACACACCAGCGAGUUCAUGCUGGGGAGAGACCUUUCACCUGCUCCGUGUGUGGGAAGAGAUUCGUUCGGUCAUUUGACCUGCUGACACACGGGCGAGUUCACACUGGGGAGAGACCAUUCACCUGCUCACACUGUGGGAAGGGAUUCACUCAGUCAUCCCACCUAAAGACACACCAGUCGGUUCACACCGGAGAGAGACCGUUCACCUGCUCGGACUGUGGGAAGGGAUUCACUCGGUCAUCGAACCUACUGGCACACCAGCGGGUUCACUCUGGCGAGAAGCCGUUCUCCUGCUCGGACUGUGGGAAGGGAUUCACUCUUUCCUCUCAGCUGAAGUUACACCAGCGAGCCCACACGGGAGAGAAACCUUUCACCUGCUCCGUGUGCGGGAAGGGAUUCACUCACUCAUGCCGUCUUGUGACUCACCAGCGAGUUCACACUGGGGAGAAGCCGUUCACCUGCUCCGUGUGUGGGAAGAUGUUCACUCAGUCAUCCAACUUGCAGACACACCAGCAAGUUCACACUGGGGAGAGGCCGUUCACCUGCCCUGAAUGUGGCCAGCGAUUCGCUCGGUCGUCCUACCUGGUCAAACACCAGCGACUUCAUUCUGGGGAGAGUCUGUUCGGGUGCUCGGUCUGUGGGAAGGCAUUUCCUGAAUCAUCUCACCUGCAGGUACACCAGCGAGUUCACACGGGGGAGAGACCGUUCACCUGUUCCGUGUGCGGGAAGGGAUUCACUCACUCCUCCCACGUGACGAGACACCAGCGAGUUCACUCGAGGGAGAAGCUGUUCACCUGCUCGGACUGCGGGAAGGCUUUUACUCGGUCGUCUCACCUGCAGACGCACCGGCGAGUUCACAGUGGGGAGAGACUGUUUAUCUGCUCCGUGUGUGGGAAGGAAUUCCUUCGGUCGUCUGACCUGCUGACCCACCAGCGAAUCCACACCGGGGAGAGGCCGUUCGCCUGCUCCGUGUGCGGGAAGGGAUUCCCUCAGGCGUCCCACCUUGUGAAACACCGGCGAGUUCACGCUGGGGAAAGUGUAAAUAAGCUGGCUGCUGGAGGCAUCUCUGUGUUUCAGAGUUUACCUUCAGUGAUCCUGGAUCGAGUGUGCCGCUGUCGAGAGUACGAGGUCGAGCUGAAAAGUACGUUACACUCGGAGGACAAGAGGCUCUGGACAAUUGACAUGUGGGAGGGAUAUAAUUCACCCCCAGCAAUGAGACACCAGCGAGUUCACUCUGAGGAGAGACCGUUCACCUGCUCAGACUGUGGGAAGGGAUUUACUUACUCAUCUCAACUGAAGAUACAUCAGCGAGUUCACACUGGGGAGAGACCAUUCACCUGCUCAGAGUGUGGGAAGAGAUUCACUUACUCAUUUCAACUGAAGGUACAUCAGCGAGUUCACACUGGGGAGAGGCUGUUCAUUUGCUCAGAGUGUGGGAAGGGAUUUACUGAGUCAUCUCAACUGAAGAUACAUCAGCGAGUUCACACUGGGGAGAGGCCGUUUACCUGCUUAGAGUGCGGGAAAAGAUUUACCCACCCAUCUCACCUGCAGAGACACCAGCGAGUUCACACUGGGGAGAGACCAUUUAGCUGUUCGGUUUGUGGGAAGAGAUUUACUCAGUCAACGCAUCUUUUGGCACACCAGACAGUGCACACUGGAGAGAAGCCGUAUAUCUGCACUGAAUGUGGGAAGAGAUUCAUUCGGUCAUCUGAUCUGCUGGCACACCAGCGAGUGCACACCGGGGAGAGACCGUUCACCUGCUCAGACUGUGGGAAGAGAUUUACCCACCAAUCUCACCUGCAGAAGCACCAGAAAAUUCACACUGGGGAGAGGCCAUUCACCUGCUCAGACUGUGGGAAGAGAUUCACUCGGGCAUCAAAUCUGUUGACACACCAGAGAGUUCACACUGGGGAGAGGCCGUAUAUCUGCACUGAAUGUGGGAAGGGAUUCAAUCGAUCGUUCCACCUGAAGAGACACCAGCAAGUUCACACUGGGGAGAGACCAUUCACCUGUUCCAUUUGUGGGAAGAGAUUUACUCAGUCAUCAGAUCUGUUGACACAUCAGAGAGUUCACACUGGGGAGCGGCCGUUCACCUGCUCAGAGUGUGGGAAGGGGUUCACUCGGUCAUCCCACCUACAGACACACCAGUCAGUUCAUUUUCUCUGAAUGUGGGAAGGGAUUUACUUGGUUGUCCCACCUACAGACACACCAGUCAGUUCAUUUUCUCUGAAUGUGGGAAGGGAUUUACUUGGUUGUCCCACCUACAGGCACAUCAGUCAGUUCAUUUUCUCUGAAUGUGGGAAGGGAUUUACUCGGUUGUCCCACCUACAGGCACACCAGUCAGUUCAUUUUCUCUGAAUGUGGGAAGGGAUUUACUCGGUUGUCCCACCUACAGGCACACCAGUCAGUUCAUUUUCUCUGAAUGUGGGAAGGGAUUUACUCGGUUGUCCCACCUACAGGCACACCAGUCAGUUCAUUUUCUCUGAAUGUGGGAAGGGAUUUACUCGGUUGUCCCACCUACAGGCACAUCAGUCAGUUCACACUGGGGAGAGGCCGUUCACCUGCACUGAAUGUGGGAAGGGAUUCACUCAGUUGUCCCACCUUGUGAAACACCAGCGAGUUCAAACUGGAGAAAGUGUUUCAGUGAGCAGGAUGCUGGAUGAUUAACCAUCGUGAUUGCUGAAUUCAGAGACGAUCAAAGAUGACUGUGUCAGACUGUAAUGAUUGCUGCUUCUCAUCCCACCCAGAUCUGGUCACUGGGCGAGGGAGCAGUUUCUUCAGCGAUUGUUCACCGUUACUGGAGUUUAACAUUGUGACUCUGAGAAAUAAAUCAGUUCUAUUUUAAACUCUGUCUCAGUGAAUCUACACCACACCCAGUGCACAGUAGGGGGUCAACUCACCUCAACUGGGCUCUGCGAUUGAUUCUGUUCCAUGACUGUCCUAAAUCCAUUACUGACAUCCACCUCUCGCUUUCCCUCUGGUGAGAUAGUCACCAGUUUGUGGGCAAAGAGCUGUCCCUUGAACUUUCUGCAGACCGAUGAGACGAGCUCUCUGCAGUUACGUCUGACAUGUCCUUUGUCCUUUAAAUCUCUGGGCCGAGAGAGAACGACAUUGGUUAUUCCCUGCUCCUUAAAACAUUACGGGUCACUUUCACUGGUUCCGCAGGCUGGCGUCUCCCACAGCUGGUUGUUACGAUUUGCCACGGUGUUCUGAAGUCUGAAGCAGAAUGGGGAACCAUUAGCUGGAUGUUUAAUGCAGCCAGGUCAGCAGAGGGCAGGGGUUGGGGCAGUGGACCGUGGUAGGGGUAAGAGCAUUAGAUGAGGAAAGUAGACUUUGCCUACUGUCUAAUGGAGUGACGCACAGAUCUGUGUGGCUGUAAUUAAUUAUUCCUUUUCCCCAGUUUGAACUUUGAAUUUUUAACUUUUAUUUGUCGGAUCUUAGAGGGGAAUUGUAGUUACUACGUCACGAUCUUUAAGAAGUGGAAAGCAGCUUCCUGAAUCCAGCAACGGAAAGGGGGAAAAGUCGGAGGAAACACCAGCUUGGGCAGAGCAUCUGGAAAAUUCGCUGAUGGGUCUGGAUAAGAAGAUAGACCAAAACACAGUAAAACUUGAUGCUACUUCUUCUGAGAUGAAGUCGUUACGAGAGAGUUUUCAGUUUGUGCAGGAAAACAUUAUUUCCCUGAAUUCUGAACUUAGAGAGGCGAAGUGGCAAAUUGUGGAGAUUUCAGCUCGUUUGGAAAAGUCUCAACAGAAGGUUAUCGAUUUGGAAACAAGACCUCGUCGGGAUAAUAUUGGAAUUGUUGGUUUGAAGGAAGGAUCUGAGACUGGAGGUUUAUUAGACCAUCUUGCUAACUUGUUUCAAUCUCUGCUUCCGGAUAUUCUACCUUAACUUCCCAGCAUUGAAAGAGCGCAGAGAGUUUUCACUGUGACAUUUCGCCAAGAUAAACCAAGAUCUGUUUCCAGUUGAUUCUUCUAAAAUGAAUGCCUUCUUACAAAAGAUCGAUUCUCCUCGAAUUUCUGUUGAAGAUCAACAAACUCCUGGUGCUUCUAUUACUGAAAAUGAAAUUCAGAAAGCUGGUUUUUCAAUGCAAUCAGGUUAAGCUCCUGGACUGGAUGGUUAUUCUGUAGGAUUUUAUAAAAUUUUGAAAAAUUACUCUCUUCAUAUAUGUUGGAGACGCUUAAAGAUUCUUUUUUGAUAGGAGAGUUACCUCCCAUAUUUUAUGAAGUUUCUAUUUCUUUAAUUCUUAAGAAAGAUAAGGACUCUGCUGACUGUGUUUCAUAUAGACCUAUUUCACUAUUAAAUGUGGAUGCUAAAAUUCUUUCAAAAAUAAUGGCUAAUCAACUGAAGAAUUUUGUAGCUAAGAUUAUCUCUCAAGACCAAACAGGUUUUGUAAAGGGCUGUUAUUCCUUCUCUUAUGUUCGGAGACUGUUGAAUGUUAUAUAUUCAUCCUUUUCUAAGACUCCCCAAUGUGUUGUCUCUCUUGAUGCUGAAAAGGCAUUUGACAGAGUUGAAUGGAAAUACUUAUGUAAUAUUUUAGAGAAAUUCAGCUUUGGUAUUAAUUUUAAUAAGUGGAUUAGAAUGAUAUAUAAAAGACCUAUAUUGCUACUGUUAUUACUAACAAUUGCAGAUCUCCUUUUAUUCGGCUUUCACUGGGUACGAGACAAAGAUGUCCGCUAAAUCCUUUAUUAUUUAAUUUGGUGCUGGAACCCUUGGCUAUUGCACUUCGUGAAGCUAAAGAUAUUCAUGGAAUUUUCAUAAAUGGGACUGUUCAUAAGAUCUCCCUUUAUGCUGACAACCUCAUAGUUUAUAUUUCGAAUCCUGAAGAAUCCAUUCCUAGUUUAUAGAAACUAUCAAGCGAUUUUGGAAAGUUUUUGGGAUAUAAACUAAACCUUCAUAAAAGUGAAUUAUUUGCCCUAAAUGAUUCUGCUUCUGUAUAUGACGACAUUCCUUUUAGAGUUACGGACUCUUUUAAAUAUUCAGGUAUUAUUAUCACUAAAAAUCAUAAGGAACUUUAUAAAGCUAAUUUGGUUCCUUUAGUGGAUUUUACGAAGCAAUUAUUUUGUAGAUGGAAUCCACCUACACUUUCAUUAGCCGGCCAAAUUCAUGCAGUUAAAGUGAUGAUUUUACCAAAAUUUUUAUGUAUUUCAAAAUAUCCCUAUUUCUUUAACAAAUAAGUUUUUCAAUCAGAUUGACUAUUAUUUCAUCUUUUGUUAGGCAUAAUAAAAGACCAAGAAUUGGUAAAUAUCAUUGACAAAAAUUUUAAAAAGAUGGAGGUCUUGCUUUGCCUAAUUUAAGAAUGUAUCAUUGUGCUGUUAAUAUACGUUAUGUAUUUUUGGUUGUAUUGUGCUGAUAGAAAUGAACGACCACCUUGGGCUGAUUUGGAACUGAAUGCUGUGAAACAGUUUCACUUAACCUGAUUAUUAGGAGCUUCCCUAUUUGUACAGCUGGCCAAAAUUACUAAUUUAAAUUUAUAUCCUGUGAUUAAACAGUCGUUAAAAAUUUGGAUCCAGUUUCAUAAUUAUUUUAAUCUAAAAAAAUUUAAACUUUUUAGUUUAAUUCAUGGAAAUUAUUUAUUUAAACCUUCAUUAAGUGAUCCUACCUUUCUUCUUUGGAGGUAUAAAGGAGUUUAUUCCUUCAUGGAUCUGUUCCAAGAUGGCUGAUCGAUGUCUUUUGAGAAAUUAGUAACUAAAUACUCUCUCUCGUAAUCACAUUUCCUGCAAUAUCUUCAGGUCAGACACUUAUUACAAAAAUACUUAAGUAAUUUUCCAUAUAUACAAGAUUCUGACCUGUUAGAUAUUAUUCAAAAAAUGAAUCCUUUAGUGAAGGGUUUUAUUGGGAAAAUUUAAAAUUUAUUGUUACAACAGCGCAAUUACCCUUCACUUAAGAUUAAGCAAGAUUGGGAGAGAGAGCUUAACAUGACUCUGAUAACGGAAGAUUGGUUGCGGAUUUUGAAGUUGGUUAACUCUCCUUCGACCUGUGCCAGUCACUCUUUAAUUCAAUUUAAAAUUAGACACCGUUACUAUUUGACAAAAGAGAGACUGUCUAAAAUGUUUCCUAAUAUUGAUAGUCAGUGUGACAGAUGUAAAACCGAGACAGCCACAUUGACACACAUGCUUUGGUCGUGUUCUGUACUGAAACGUUUUUGGAAGUCUAUUUUUUCUACAAUUUUUAAAGUUUUAAAAAUUAAUUUACAACCUAAUAAAUUGACAGUUUUAUUUGGUAUAAUCCCUCAAUAUAUUCAUGGCAUUUCUCCAUCAGACCAACAUGUAAUUGCAUUUGUUACAUUAUUGGCCAGAAGGGCUAUUUUGUUGAAAUGGAAAGAUGUUUCUGCUCCUGUUUUGAUACAAUGGUUUUCUCAGGUGAUGUUAUGUCUCUGUUUGGAGAAAAUCAGAUGUCGAACUUUUGAUCCUCGAUUUGAUUUUGAGAAAAGGUGGGGUUCAUUCCCCCGCUACUAUCAUCUGAUUUGAGUUAAUUAGUAUGGCUUCUUUCUGAUUUUUUAAAUGGAUUUGAGUUGGCGGAUUGAUUUUGUUUUUAAUGGAAGCUUGUAUGAUGUAUAGCUCCGCGGUUGUGCUCCCAAUGGGUUUUUUGGGUUUUUUCCAGUUAGUAGCAGUUGUUUUUUAGUUAGUUAGGGGUUUUUUUUCCUCCUUUCUCUUUCAAAAAAUAUUAACACUUUAUUUUCUCAUUAUUAUUGAUGUAUUGCUUAGCUUUGUUAAUCAGUUAAUUCCUUAUUGUUCAUAAUGAUAUAUUGACUUAAUGUAUUUUUUGUUAAUCUUCAGUAAAAAUUAAUAAAAAAAGAUUUUAAAAUAAAAUGAAGAUGAGGAA